UGUACAACCGCAGUAAUCCUCCUUCCUACAAUUCUUCUCUAUAAAUUUUCAGGCUAAUCUCCUCUCGAUAUUUGUAUCUCCCUUUCCACUUUCUUUCCUAUCCCAGAGACUUCUGUCCUUGGCAAAAAUCACAAAUUCCUUCCAUAAAAAUGGAUCGAUAUCUCUGUUUGUUUUUGUUCUUGUUCCUGACCUUGUUUGUGGAGAUGAGAGGGGGCCGAGAUGAGUGCAUGGCAUCACAUCGUUGUGGCGACCAGGGUCCACUCAUCCAGUUCCCUUUCCGUCUAAAAGACCAGCCAUGCCACUGUGGAUACCCGGGAUUUGAGUUAUCUUGCACUGAGAAUAAUCAGACCAUGCUAGAGCUGCCAGUUUCGGUAAAGCUCUUGGUGAAGAAUAUAACUUACAAAUCCCGGGAAAUCUUUGUCCAGGACCCGUAUAAUUGCCUUGCGAGACAGCUUGGAAAUCUCAAUUUAGCUGCCUUCCCCUUCCCGUUCAAAUUUGAGAAGGGCUUCGUCACCUUCUUCAAUUGUUCCUCAGAUAAAACAGAUCCAUAUAAUUUGUUUCAGUCCAUCCCUUGCCUUUCUAUCCCUGGUAACCUAGUUUAUGCUGUUGAGUCCUCCGAACUUGUCCAAUAUUUGAACCUAUCCUCUUGCCGCAGGCUUUACAGCGCUUCAGCUCCAGGUAAACAACAUUAUGGGGAUUAUAUAUUCAAUGGAAGUGCGUUUUCUUUAAAGUGGUCAAAGUCAAAAAUAUGCAGAUUGAAGAAGUGUAAUAGCAGAGAAACUGAAUGUAUUAAAGGUGUAUCGAAGAAAAUAAUUGUGACAGGUAAUAUUCUAUUUAUACAUAUUUUAUUAUAGAGAUAAAGAUUCUUAAUUUGGUUAUUUUACCUAUUUAUUUAAAUAAAAAGUUUAAGUUUUCUUCUUUUUA